CUUUCCUUACAUUGAUGCGGCAAAAUAAUGAAAAAUACAUGAAAUACGACACCCAUUAAUCCUAUUUGAAACUGAAAUAAAUGAUAGUAAUAAUAGUAUUAAUCGUAAAUUUAGUAAUAGUAAAGUAUGAACCAUCGUACUAGUAGUUUGACAAUUCCACGCUCCAUUGCUGAGAAUUUCCCAUUACGUAAUGUUGUUUACAAAGAUAAAUUCAAAUAAACAUACGCUGAAAAGUUGAAAACACUGUGUAUGACAGUUGGGAGAUAAACUCUAUGUAAAUACUUUAAUCCAUAUAAGAGGCUAACAUGAAGAAAAGAAAAAUGAGCACUUCAAGCGAACAUCCAAGCGUCUUGUUUCCCGAAGGAACCAUCGAAGUAAGUCGCUUUAUGUCGCCUGAAGAUGCCAAUCUAGCUGGAAACGUUCACGGCGGGACGAUACUUCGCAUGAUGGAGGAGGCUGGUUGCAUAAUAGCGACCCGUCAUUGUAACAAACACCGUCCCGAAGGCCAACCACCAGUUUGGGCAGCGUUGGCCCGGGUUGAACGGACAAACUUUGUCAAACCAAUGCUUAUAGGCGAGCUUGCCACUGUUCAUGCUGAUCUUACGUAUAGUUCUCAACGUUCCUUGGAAGUUCGCGUGCUUGUGUUUGCAGAGAACCUUCUUGAUGGUGUUCAUAAAUUAUGUAAUAAUGCCAGUUUGUGGUAUGUGCCAGUCCAGAACGAAGGUACCGUUUGUGAUGUACCACAGUUAAAGUACAAGUCGAAAGAGGAGGAAGAAGCUGGAAGGCAACGAUAUGAAGCACAGCUAAAAUCGAGAAAAGAAAAGAAGAGCUUCUUUCAAAGAAACUCCAUUUUCCCAAAUAUACCGUUUGGGAUAAAAUAUCCAAUCCACAGCAAUGCUGGUAACAUCAUCGAACACAGUGUUGAAUACUCUGCAUCCACAUUAACUCAUUCUGUCCAAGCAUCAGACUGUAAUAUAUUUAACUACUGUUACGGUGGUGUAACUAUGAAAUUGAUGGAUAAUGUUGCUGGCAUGGUUGCAUUUCAUCAUGCUUGCAACAUUGUUACUGCAUCUAUUGACGCGAUCGAUUUUCACAAACCGGUUAAACUUGGCGAAUUCAUGACUAUCACUGGAAGAAUGACAUUCGCGAGUGAAAGAUCGAUGGAAAUAAAAGUUGUUGCUGAUGUGGAAAAUUUGCUCGAAGGUCGGUGUUUUCGAGCGCUGAGUGCAUUUUUCUAUUUUGUGGCUUUGGACAAGUCUGGUCGGCCGGCUAAAGUGCCGGCUUUACUACCACAGACGGGCGAGGAACAACAGAGGUUCGAGGAAGGAAAAUGUCGCUAUAAGGCUAGAAAGCAAAGAGAUUAAUAAACUAAGUUGUUUUAUCUGUUUUAACUAAUGGAACUAACAUAAUUUUAUCGUAAAGAUGUACAAAUUUCUUUUAAUCUAUUUUCCCCUAUUUACAAAUAUAUCGUUUGAAAAUUGGGUGACAGUAAACAUGUCAUGUGCGUACGUUUUGAGAAGUUUUUGUUUUUCUCGGUGUUAAUGUUUUUUCAACACGAAGUCAAACAAAAGAUGAAAUAUGGAUAAAAAGGCCGAGAAAAACAGCAAAUGCUUUUUGUAGCAUUUGUAUUUUGAAAAUCGUCAUGUGUCAUUUGCGCAUUCACUCAAUUUGAACAACAUAUUUGAUUCGUAGAGUUUCAACUUUGUCUUUGGUAAUUUUGUCGAAAUGGUUUUUUUUCAUGUAUACUGUCAUUUCUCUUUUCUGUUUA